AUACUGUUCGUUUGUAGGUGCGGGACGGAGUGGUGCCGGGAAAUAUGUGCGUAGUGGGGAAAGUGUUUUGUUAUUAACGGCACGUUACAACUUAUGCAAUACAGAAACACUAGUCAUGCCGCGACAGGAAAAUCACCAGCGGAAUUAAUGUUCGCGAGAAGACUACGUACGCGUUUAGCUUUAUUAUUACCUUGUUGGAUUUAUUUAUUUAUUAUAUAUUAGUGUAUCACAUGUAAAUCUUUUAAAUAAGUUAUUUUAAUAUAUGACAAUUACCGAAAACCUGGUACUGGCUCACAUUGCCCUAAUCCGUCUUCUUUGACUUAAACACAUUGAUUAUUGCGAAGACUGUAAUUAGUAUAUUUAUUAUUACCUAUCGAAAAAGAAUGUAUACAAACAGAGAGUAAGCCAGUACCGAUUGUUUUCGAGGUAGGAAAGAGAGUGAGUUGUAGAAAUUAUUUGGGGCAUGAAAAGUGGUGUUUCGGAAAAGUUAAAGAGCGGAUAGGCAAAUUACAUUAUCAAAUCCAGCUAGAUGAUGGACGAAUUUGGAAAAGACACAUUAAUCAAAUGCGUGCGAUAGGCGAGAAAACACCAGCGAAGAUGUUACAGGACAUAAUUUCCAGUAACGAUUUUACAAUAGAUAAUACUCCACCAGAAAUAGAAAGGCCAUUACAGCAAGCACCAGAGGAACCAGAGCAUCUACAAGAAGAGUUGCAUCAACAAACAAUACCUGUGGAAAAUAGCAAUGAAACACAGGAAAAUCUCCCGGAUAGAGCCACAGAACCCAUAGUGGAAACUCCUACACGAGUUUCAAGGUCACCAAGAAGACCACCGAGGAGAGUGUUAUGUGCGUCAUAUAAAUUUGUUACCGCGUACUGCGCAGGAUACAUGCGCGGGCGCAUGCGUGAAAAAGCUGGGCUGGAGAUGCGCGUGCGAGCUGCGCUGCGUACGAGCAUGAGAACGAGCUGUGUGCGUACGUGCAGUGUGUUGGACCGAUAUAAUAAAUAGAUAUAUUCAGGAAUCACUGUGUCAGCUGCAUCGGAGAUCGGUAUCCCUUUUUCCUCAAAAAUUCCCUACAUAUACAACACUAGCCAUUCUUUUCCUUUUUGACACACAGAAUUUUUGCGUUAUAUUUGCCUUUCAUGGCGCUCCUGGGCCCAUAACCUGCAGGAGUUUUCGCAGUAAAGAAUGGGCAAACACAGUAUAAUAGCAUAAGAUAGCUUUAUUGGACACAGAACAGAACCGUUGCGUGCGAGUGAAGAAGAAGGAAGUAGCGCUGCUAGAAAACGGAACUAACCGUAGUGAACAAAAGUAUAGAUGCUAUGCGCGCCAAUGGUUACCAACGAAUACAAAAUAUAUAAAUGGCGCAACAAUUUGAGAUCAUAAACUCCAACAAGGAGAGCCGACCCCCUCCCGU